AGGACUCUACAGGCUGGUGAUACUUCGCUUUACAACGAGUUUAUGUGCUUAAGUAAUUAAAAGAUAUCAGCACCUCUCGUGGGUGGGUUAAACGAGGAACGCAAUAAAUUAAUCCGUGGAUAGAUAGCAAAGCUAGCCGACUGUAACCGAAUAGCAAGAUGCAGCGGAAUUCAUUUAUAUAGCCGGAUAAACUGGCAAGCAAACUUGAACAAGUCCGGAGUGACAGGAAGACAGCCGAUGCGUGUACAGCGGCCCCAUGCUGCAGGCCGGCGCAGUGCAGCUCCUGUGCCUCACGGCGAGCAGCGGCGUGCCGCUCUUCUGCCGCGGCGCGUCCAAGCAACUUCCCUUCUCAGUCAUCGGCUCCCUGAACGGGGUACAUAUGUUUGCUGGGGGCCAGGGCGUCCAGCUCUUUAACUGUGACACGGACCGGGGUGGCCGAGUGCUAUGGAAAGUUUUCCACGACAGCGUGAUGCUGAUCGCUGUCACUGGGCAGCGCAGCGAUGCCUGCGGCAACCUGCAGCUGCGCCGCCUGCUGGAUAACGUGUGGAACUGCAUGGUGCUCGUGCUGGGGCUGGAGGAGCUUACUAACGUGCGUAACGUGGAGCGCCUGAAGCGGGAACUGCGCUCCUGCUACCAGCUCAUCGACACUUUCCUUGACAUCGGCAAAGACUGGAUGGGGGACCUGACGCACUGCGUCGAGUGUCUGCUGCCCGCACAGCCUGCAGUGCUGCAGGACACCCUGAAUGCCUUUGCCCAAGCCGCAGAGAGUGACUUUGGCUGCUUGCUGGUCCAUGGCAAGAUGGUGGUGGCUACUGAUAAGUGGUGGCGCCUCGCGCCUCAGGAGGUGGUGCUGUUGGCAGCUCUGGUGCGGACGCUGGGUGGGUCAGCAUGCUGUGACUGCCCCAUCUUCCUGCCUCAGGGCAGCCCCACGGUGCCCCACCGCCUGCUGCGCUUCCAGCUGCUUCCAGGAGUGAACGUGUGCAUGCUGUGCGGACCCACGCCGACGCUGCAGAGCGUGGAGGGGGAGCUGGUGGUGCGUUUCUGGCGCCCCCUGGUGGACAUGCUCCACGGUUGCCAGGCCCUGCACCAGCGCUGCUUCCCCGGCUCAGUGGGCCUCCACAGGGAUGUGCUGGCCCUGUUGCUCAUUAACCGGGAGUCCAGUCGGGCCGUGUCUUCUGUCCACCCUGCCCCCUCUGCUCCGGGUGCCCCCUCCCCCAUACGCCGCUGGGAGCUGCUGCGCCUCCUCUUCACAUUUGCCACCACCCGCUAUUUCAGCCAGACGGAGGCGCCGCAGAAGGGGGAGCAGCUUCCCCCCCCGGAGGAGUUUGCUCCUGGCUUCUCUGAUCAGCCCCAGCAGUGUUACCUGGUGACUGACGAGUGCAAAUUCUUCGCUCUGCAGACCCCACAGCACCAGCUCUACAUCCUGACAGCCGUUUCCGUGCCGACCUUUGCCCUCCGACCCCUGGCCACGCGCACACUCUCUACACUUACUGACUCCACUGGUUUCUAAAGAGCACUGUUGUGGCCAUUAAAGAUACACUUAAAACAUGAUGCUUGAAUGUUCAUCUAAAGUUUACAUGGAAGUCUGUUAAAACAUGUAGCAAAAUAAAAUGGGAAAAAUUCAUAUUCUUAUGUAAUAUCAGCAUUUCUGCAUUUAAAGAAAUUAAGCAAAGGUCAGAGAUCAAGAGAUCAAGCACAAUCUUUCAUGUCAUUACACUGGAAAGCGGAUAGUGUGGGGCCCAGGGGGCUAUCUCUUUGCCUAUGACCAGAAGGUUGCUGGUUUGAGCCCCCAUUACAAAACAACAACUUUAAAUUUGCAAAUAUCAUGACAUAGUUGAAAUAAUUGUUCCUUCCAGUCCUCAGUAAGUGUGGAGUUGUCGGCUCUGUCUUGUUUCAAAUAACAUGCGACAAGGCUGCACCCAUUAUCGUUUAUUAUUCACACCAUUUUAUUUUGUUUGAGUAAGGGGAGAGUCUAAUAAUUCCAGGAAACUGGUCAAGGUUUAAUGACCGCAAUGGCGAUUAUGAAUUUAUGAUUUAAUUGUCCGGUAAUAAAAUGGAGUACUAUCUUACUGUUUUAGUAUGUAAAAAAUUUCCUAGCCAUAGUAACAAGAAACAUUUUAGUGUUUUUGGUUUGUCUUUCUCAUUAUACAAAUACCUCAAUCAUUGUCAUUACUGUGGCUUGGUAGUGAUACAUAAAUAUUUAUUGCAUAUAAUAUGCUUCAUAUACAAUAGCUUACUGUAUUUAAACAUUUACUUUCUUACAAAUGAGAAUUGGUGACAUAUAGUUAAAACUAUUACUGGACAAAAUAGUCAAGGUUAUAUUACAGUUUUUCUCAGUUGCUUUGGUGCAUUUCUCACAACAGAAUUAAACUUUGCACAACAGUUAGUUCAACCUCCACAACAUGUAGUCGUUUUGGCACAACCUAGUAGCGGUUUCAUGUUCAUUUCGUCAAAUGCCUUUGGACAUGAAGCAGUUGAGUAAGUACAAAUAUCUAAAGAAUGGUCACUUUUGACUUGCUAUUCAUCACUAUCUCCUUGCUUUUAUCAUGAAUGUCACAAUUAUUUAUACUUGUACCGGCUGAAUAGUCAUUGUCCUUACAACUAAUAGUCUUCAUUUCAUUGCUUGUGUCAUUGCACUCAAAAUUGUUGAACAUCUUGUCAAACAAUUUGUACACCCAUAUUCCUCGUAUUGGUGCAUACAAUACACAACACCU